AUGGAAAUGGUGACGCCCAGCGUGUCAAGCCUCUUUCCUUCUCCAUUUCCGGGUUUUCGCUGUCGGAACGUCACUUCCGGUUUUUUCGAUCGCAAGCCGUCGCGUCAUAUCCGUGCGUUCCAGCUUGCGUUCCAGAUGCGUUCCGGCUUGCUGUUCAACUUUCCUGUGUUAUAUUACGCCGGCAUCAUCGCGGGCAGAAAGGAGGAGAACACAACAUUUAUACAUAUUCAUUAA